CUGAUAAAUAUCACCAAAAACUUUACAGAGCGAUGGGAUCGCGAUAACUUCAUCGACAUCAUCUGGCAGAACAUUGACAGAGGUGCGCUAGACCAAUUUGGUAAAGUGGAUUUGAGUAAAACAUCUUACUAUGGGCAACCGUACGACUACAAAUCUAUACUACACUACGAUAGCUUGGCAUUCAGUAAGAAUGGCUUCCCAACGAUGUUACCAAAACAGAAAUCCGCUACGAUUGGUAAUGCGAAAGACUUCAGUGACGUCGAUUUGGCGAAAAUCAAUCGGAUGUACAGCUGUCCGAGUGAAACGAAGCAACAAACGGCUCCUUUUGCCAGAGCCCAGCAUAGUCCAAUCUACCAAGCGAUCAACAAGUACGACGAUCGACCGAAACUUCCGCCACAAUACUACGACGGAAUGCAUUCGAACAAACCACAACGAUGUGAGGAUAAGAUCACUGUGUGCUGGUGGACAGCAGAUCGAUGUCGAGCGCCGGCGAUCUACGCCAUGAUGACUUCGCUUUGUCCAAAAACUUGCGGGUUUUGCUAG